CUACGAAUUAUGUAUCGAUAUUUUUGAUCAAGCUCGCCUUUCGACUAUUCUAAGCGGGACGAACAUUACACGAAAAAUGGACCAGUUCACGAAACCUAGGGUCUCGGAUUACUACGCAGACCUUGAAUUAUCGCAGCAGGCAAAUGCUCGAGAUAUCAAAAGGGCAUUUCAUAGGUUGGCGAGGAAGUAUCAUCCAGAUAAAAAAGCGCCAGGCAAGUCUGUCGACGCGUACGAAUUUCGUAAGGUUCGGGAAGCUUACGAAUGUUUAAUCGACGCAGCUAAACGCGCGGCGUACGACGCCCGCUACUUCGACUUGUGCGACCAGUGGACGAGAUAUAAGCAAUGGGAAAACUACCAGCGAAAAGAUGAAGAGAGGAGGCAAGCCGAGGAGGAGCAGCGCGCCGCCAGGAAAAGAGCCGAACAAGAAAGGAAAGCAGCGGAAGCCGAGAGAAUGCGUAGGAUGGAACAGGAGAGACGAGCCGCCGAAGAAAAGGCGGAGAAUGAGCGAAUAAGACGGGAGAAGGAAAGGCAAGCUGAGGAGCGUUCUCGAGAAGCUGCGCAGAGAGCCCGCGAACGACAAGAGGAAGCGGCGAGAGAGAGAAUCCGUAGGGAAAAGGUAAGGGAAGCCGAAAGGAGGUCGGAAGAGGCAGCAAAGAAAAUCAGAAUCGAACAGGAACUAGCAGCGCAAGAGCGCCUAAGGGCCAUACUGAUCGAAGAGAAGCAGCAGACCGCGCGCCGCAGCUGGGCGCAGAUGCGAGAAGAGGCGGAUCGUCGACAAGCGGCAAACCGUCGUCGCACGAAGCCGGCGCAGCCCGCAUAUACGCGGCUCAACGAGUGCUUCCACCACCCGGACCUGGGAUGGGUCAUGAAGAACGGUCCAGCAAAUUGCGUAUUCUGCGGAGUGACACGUGUCAAGUGGUCUUUUCGGUGUCCAGAAUGCAGCGCGCCAGCGUGUCCCACCUGUAAAGCCAGGUAUUGUCUAUUUUGAUGGUUUCGGCGUGCGGGUGAUGAGGUAGGGAACUCGGGUAUUUCAUGACACCUCGAGGACUUGAUAGCGUGCGAAUGAUUAUUAAUUAUAAGGAAUCAUGUAUAUCUUAGAUUGUUUCACAUAGGUACUGUCACAGGUAGUACUAGGGCCCGGUGGUCUUGUUGUAACUUGGUAUGUAUGUACUAAGAUGGUUUAGCUAACUUCUCGAAACAUGCCCAGAAUGUCCAACCGAA